AUGUUAGGAUUUUUCAAGGACUUCACUUUGUCUCCUAUAGGAGGACAUGAGGAGGAUGGCGUGGGCGAUUCGUACCUGGGCGUUUUCGUGGCUGGAGGUAUCGACUCUUCAUCUGGCGAUGGAAAGUCGAAGUUGCCAUUGCUGGACGUUGGACUGCUUGGUGGAAAUGGAGAGCUGACGGAGAAAAUUAAUUGGAUAUAUCAUCCGAAUUGGAAACGAAAGCAAAAGGACAGCAAUGUUACAACAAAAUCACCGGACUAUGAACUUUUACCGCCUGAUCAGUUACCUUAA